UCGGAGGCUACGGACUUGCCGGCAUUGAUGGGUUUGAGCUUUGAGGCAUGGGGAUCCUUCAGAACAAGAAAACCUCCUCCUCUUCUUCUUCUUCAACAUCGCCUUGCGCCAAUCUCAGAGCUGCUUACCACAACUGCUUCAACAGGUGGUAUUCGGAGAAGUUUGUAAAGGGUAAUUGGGACAAAGAGGAAUGCGUUUCGGAGUGGGAGAAAUACAAAGCUUGUCUAUCUGAACAUUUGGAAGAUAAACAACUGAGUCGGUUCUUGGAGGCUGAAGGACCUGUGAGCACCACCACUGCAACCAAAGCCGAUGGCGGGCGGUCCUAAUGGUCUUUCUCAGUAGAAUUCGGUUUGCACCAAGUUGGAGAGUGAAUUAGAGAAACAGAAAAGAUAGAUAGGUAUUGAACUUUAGUGGAAACCUUGUAAUUUUGGUGAUCUUUGUAUUCAAGUUUGCUGUGCUCAACUAGAAAAUUGCC